GCCUUAUGGGGGUGUUAUCGUUCCUCACCCCCCUAUUUACAUCUACCUCAGUGACAGUGUGUGUGUAUGGCUUCUUUGUUGGUCUCUACACUGGAAGCAGCUGGGCUCUGUUCAAUCCAAUUACAUUUGAAAUUCUUGGAGUGGAACUCAUGGCAACCGGCUUUGGAGCUCUGAUGGGUUCUUGUGGUAUCGGAUUUCUUAUUGGCCCGCCUUUAGCAGGAUAUGUCUUCAAAAUAUUCCAGGAAUAUUAUGGUAUCUACAUAUUUGCAGGUGUGAUGUUCCUCUCUUGCACCUUCUGUGGAUUCCUCUCUACGACCUUCAGAAAGUCACCAAAGACUCUCCAUGACACUGCGGACCCAAGUGAAGUUGAAGCCAUCACCCUAGAAGAGCGCAAAUCAAAGGACGACAGCAUGCUGUGAUAGUUUGUUACCAUUGUUUUUGUUUUGUUAGAAGACAGUUAAAACAGACGUUUUUUUGCGUAAUCACUUGAGCCUUAAAUGACUGUGACCAACUCAUGCAUAAAUAUUAUUGGUCAGAAGUCUGCCCUUUGAGGCAAAUAGUGAACUAUCUUCUCUUGGCAUUGAUAAAUCUAGCAAACCAUCCCAAACAGUGAUUAUUAUUGUGAUCAAGGAUCGGGACGUGGGGCUUCCUCAAGUUAAGCUUGCACUGCAUGACACUGAUGACCCGACGUCUCCCACCUAAGUUAUGCCAUCUGUAAAUCUUACAAAUAGAAAUCAAAGUUUACUAUUUGAUAGUAAGUAUAAUAUUUUAGUGAGACCUUAUGCCAAUUAACUGUUGCCAAUCUUAAUAACAUAUCGGUAUCGUAAAUGUUAUAACAAAUAAUUGGUGUUAUCUUUACAACCAUUAAGUAAUAUAAUACUUGUUGACGACCGUGCUGUAGAUUAAGUAUACCUUUACGAACACUCCUCUCCCGUCAGUGCUGACGUCUGUAUACGCUUGUAUUUAUAGUACGCUUCAUACAAUAAGACUACUUACCUACGUCUACCAUCCUUAUUGUUUAAAACUUGCAACUAAAGAUUACCAAUUGAGAGGGAUAAGACGUAUUACUGUCGGGUAUACAGUAAAACCUGAUGUUAAUGAGUUGAAAUCUAUUUGAACAGAUGUGUAUUAGAAUGAAAUAUUAUAACAAACCACAAUACUUCGAAAUCCAAUGAAAACAUUGUGGUGACAUAUAAAUAGCACCUGUUGGUGUUGAUCAAGUAGAAUAUUGUGUACACACCUUCACAUCCAAUACAAUCGUUAAUGAAAAUGUGUAUUUAUUGUAAAGUAUAACAAAUUAAGGAAAGAAGACAUUGUAAUGCUUCAGCUAUAAUGGUAUAUCAUAUGUAAAGUUUUGAACAAAUAUAAUCAAAAACUGCUAUUUCGGAGGAGUAGAUGGAUGAGACACGUUCAUGAUAAGUACGUACAUGUAUUAAGGCCCUUUAUAUAUUAGCCAGACAUCAUCUUGAACAUUAAUAUUACAUACACAAAUUGUAAGUGAAAGUAUUGUUGUACUGCUA